UAUUGAACACUAUGGUGUUUUUAUGUAAACCACUUAGAGAUUUUUAUAUGAUUUAAAAAAAAACAAAAAACAGUUGCCUCUAACACAUUUGUUUGCAAGAGAGCACCAAAGUAAUCUGAAAAGUUGGAUUAUACAUCAGAUACACAUCAUGAAGUAUUUAUUACCUGUAGUAUGAAGUAUUUAUUACCUUGCAAGGGCGAGAUAAAUUACCAUGAACCAGGCACAUAAUGAGCACUGGUGAUGACAGAGAUUGUUGUUAUUGCACAACACAAAUACUAUACUUUGAAAAAGCAUCUUGACCCACAGUCCAUCCAGGUGGGUGCCUCCUAACAUCAAGGAAAUGGAAGAGACUAUAAAGCCAGCUGACAGGGGGGGGGCGCUAACAUUCCACUUCCCACUGACAAACCUAUAAAAAGGGGAGUGAAACUGCACAACAAAUCUGUUUUUGCUGCUUCUCCACAGGUAAGUGGUCCUUUAUUCUUCACCCCUGCCUCAAACCUUUCUGUUUCUGGACUCUCUGAUUCUUAAUAACUCUGUCAUGUCGUUUCCCUUCUCCAGGAAACUCCUGAUUGUACAUUUCCUUUCUCUAGGAAUCACCUUUUUUCUUUCACAUGAUUCUCUAUGUCAGCAUAACAAAUAAUUCAUUUUUAGAAGUAAGUUCUUUGGUGAGUCUCUUGGGAUUUUUUGCCAUUCGUAUUUGUUGACUUGGGCACAGAAACGGUCCCUACUAUUUGACUUUCAUGUCUUGCUUCUUUGUUAAGCUGCUACCAUUUCCUAAAGCGUUUCUGUAUUUUAAGAAUUUCCAAAUGGCCUCAUUUCAGCAAGAGCAUUUUCCCCAAACCACCUGCUCUCUCUUCUGAUGAACUUUCUCCAAUAACUUGUUAAUUUUGCAUUUCCAGACACCAGUUGAUUUUCUCUCACUUGUCAGGUUCUGAUAUCACUUUUACUCACAUAGGCAAAGUCAACAAUUUCCAGGUACUUCCUUCCUCCUGCACUUAUCAGAAAAAAAUCCUUUUCCAUCUAUCCCUUUACUUAGCAGAUGGGGACUUUCCCAUAAACAUACCUGGCCUCACAGUCAUUUAUCAUUAGAUGUUUAUCAUUUCAUUGUCAUUUUCAGUGAAUUCUGAAUAAAAGAACCACAACUUGCUCAUCAGAGGAAAACUGUGAGGUCUCAGACAGAACAGUAAAGAACAAUGAGUACUACAGAAGAAGCUGAAGCUUCGAAAAUGUUACUUCGGAAUCAGUAUUCAUUUCUAAUAUCAAAGAUUAUGUUUACUGCCUCUGAUCUUGGUGUAUUUGAUCUGCUGAUGGAGUCCAAGGAACCACUGACUUCAGUGACUAUUGCCGAACGUCUGGGUACCAGUCCCUUUGGGAUGGAGAGACUGCUGGACGCCUGUGUUGGCUACAAGUUCCUGCAAGUGGAAAGGAAGGAGAACCAAACGCUUUAUGGAAAUACUGACCUUGCCAAUCUGUACCUUGGCAAAAGAAGCCCAAAGACUCAUUAUUAUUCCAUGAAGUUCAAUGCUGAAUUUCUCUAUACGAGAGCACAGCACCUGGCUGAUUCUGUGAGGGAAGGAGAGACUCAGACAUAUGGAUUAAGUGACAGUUCUACAAAAAAAUUCUAUGAGGCUCUGUACAGAUCAGAGAGCAGCUUGCGAGAAUUCAUGGAGUUUAUGCGUGAGAUGUGGAGUCCGUGUGGUCGAGUUGUGUUGAAUGCAUUUGAUCUCUCUCAUUUCCCACUUAUUUGUGAUGUGGGAGGAUGUAGUGGAGCCCUAGCAAAGGAAUAUAUUUCAUUGUAUCCAAAUUCUACAGUGACCAUUUUAGACCUACCGGAAGUAGUAGAAACAGGAAAGAAGCAUUUUGUCUCCUCAGAGGAACACAGAAUUACUUUUCACAAAGGUGAUUUUUUAAAAGAUCCAAUUCCAGAAGCUGACCUGUAUAUUUUGGCUAGGAUCCUGCACUGCUUUACAGAUGAGAAUUGUGUGCAACUGCUAACCAGACUGAACAAAGCCUGCAAGCCUGGUGGUGGAGUUCUAGUAGUGGAAAUAGUUCUCAACGAAGACAGAUCGGGGCCAGUGGAAGCUCAAAUAUUCGGUUUGGUUAUGCUGCUUUGUACUCAAGGAAAAGAACGGACCCCAUCAGAGUACAAUGCGCUCCUCAGUGCUGCUGGCUUUAAGCAGAUUCAGCAAAAGAAAACAGGCCUCUUUGACGUCAUUUUAGGAAGAAAAUAACAUUGACCAAGAACAUUCUGUGAGCGUCAUGACUGAACGGAUAUAUUUCAGCCUGAUUCUUUGCAGCCAUAACUGAACAUGCUUAAUCACUAUUUUUGUGUGUGCAAAUCCUCACCCUGUGGAAAUAUCUCCUCCAUCCCCCUGCUUCUCAUUAUGCUUGAAUACUAAGAGAAGCUAGAAUAAUAAUACUAAUUGUUACAUGUUAACCACCAUUGUAAUAGUAGUAGUUAUUAACUUCAUUUGCCUGCUUGCCCCCCCCCCCUUUUUGAGCACAUGAGCCAAACCAGGAAAAAGAAAGAGGUUGUAUCCCAUAUUGCCUCAGGAUUUUUGUGGUAAACAGAACCUGUUGGAAACAAUUUCAAAAUAAAUAUAGAUAAUAUACAAGCUAUGAUCACCUAGCCUGUGUGGCUUGAGAGAUGCCAAGCCUACUGAGAGAAGCCUUUCUCAAACUUUCCACACAGGUCACUCCUGACUAACUCUUUAUCUUGAGUCCUCAGAUGUUGUUGAACUAUAACGGCCAUCAUCGCUGACCACUGGUCAUGCUAGCUAGGGAUGAGGGGAGUUGUAGCCCAACCGCAUCUGGGAAUUCAAGCUGUCCUGAGAGAGUAGCUCCAUUUAGUUCCCCCUCUUGCUGAACUCUCCAUUCCAUCAUUAUAAGAACUUCAGAAUUUUAAAAACUGGGACCAGGGUUGGUUUGUUUUCCUCUUCCCUCCCUACAAAUUUUCCUUUUGCUUCAUGAAUUUUUGACUGUAAACCUGCAGGCCCUCUUAUGCAACCAGCUCUGGGAACCUCUUUGGCCAAAGAGGAGGGUGAAACAGCUUUAAACAUAUAAAUGUCAGGGAAAGGCAGGAACCCCCAGACCUUCGUGGCCCAGGACCCAGUGUACGCAAAGAAUUUUGGGGCAGGCCUGGCAUGGGUACCCCCCACAGUCGCCAGGGUGACUGGUCCCGUGUUUUACAAGGUU